UUCCAAAACAAUUAUAUUACAGUCUGGACGGCUCAAGUGCACUGGCCGGCUUUCAGUUCGGACUGUGCCCUUUGACCAGCGUACAGCUCAUAUUUUGUACCGGACGUUUGGUCACAGUUCGUUCCGAUCCACCACAAUAAAUCAAACAAUUUCAACUUCGUUCGGAUUUUUGUUUUACAACAUUUUUAGACAAUAUCGGAGAUGUCUAAAACUUGGACUAUUUAUUUUUUUUUAUUGGUAACUUCAACGCUUUCGGCGGAUUCAAAUCAAGCUCAUUUUCAGCAAUGUGGAACGUAUUUAUCGCAACUUCUUUCGAUGGUUUGCAAAUCGAGAUACAACUCUCAAAGUCUUAAUAAAAGAAGUAUUGUACCAAUUCCAAUAGUUGAAAUGAUGGUUCCCCAUUAUUAUAAUUCCAACGAAGAUGAAAUACCACAGUUAAAAUUAGGCGAUAUUCUUUUACCUAGGAAACAUGCCAUUCAAGUUUUAAAAGGAAAACGAAGAGUUAAAAGAGGAGUUUAUGAUGAAUGUUGCAUAAAACCGUGCACUUACGCGGAAUUACACGAUUAUUGCUUAAGUUGAACGGAAUUUAUUGCAAUUUGGUGAGAUUUAAUUUUUUUUCGAGAAAUUAAAUGGCUGGAAACCUACUAGUCAAUAUUCAAGAAGCAAAGACUGGGUUGAAACGUUAAAGAUUUUUUUUUUGAUAUUAUUUUCCUGUGAUAUUUGAUGACAAUUUGAUGGAGAAGAAGAUUAAUGAAUGAAGAUCAAGAUUAACUUGAUGAUGUUGAUCUACUUAAAAGGAGAUGAUGAAAAUUGAAAAACAAUUACAAGAAUUAUAAGAUUAAAAAAUGAUGUGAUCUUAAUUAAAUAUUAUAUAUUUUUAUUAAUUAUUGUAACUUGUGUUCAAACGAAUUUGGUUUUAAAUGAUACCGUUUUGUAUUAAAACGAGUAAACAAAUUGGUCGUCAUAAAUGCUCCAUGUAUAAUACUAUGUAAUGUACAUGUUUAGUUUCGCUACAUACAAUUUCUUUGUACCUUUA